UUUUCUAGCUUCUUUAAAGACCUUUUCCUCAUCCGCGCAACGCCCCUUUUUUGUCAGACUUUUUCUAGCUCUUACAUUGAGAUGUCGUCGCAAAAUUUCUCUCGCGGUUCGAGGAACCCACGUGCCGAACACGUUCGCGUCGACUGGUUAACAAACGGGCGAUUUCGUGAUGCAGAUAGUUGGAACAAUUCUCGCGUAUUUUUUGAUCCCAACGCUGAUCGUUUUGUUCCAAAUGGCACAGAGAGAUUUGAUCGCCCCGUCUUUCGUGAAAGAUCACCCUUGAGACGCCCACGUUACGAAGAUCCGUACGUCCAUUAUUUAGACGAGGGCGAAAUUCGGGGCCAACCGGCAGUUCAAGAUUCUUACGUUCGUGAUCAAGCCGUUUAUCCGUACGGCGCUUAUUUCGAGUGUGAACACGAUCCCCGGUCUUACCCGACCCAUAGUGAAUUCGAACCGGAGGAUGAGUACUAUAGUGAUCAAAGAGAAGACGAAUGGGCAGAGUACGAAGACGACGGUGUGGAGAUUGAUCGUGGUCGCCCUUGGCGGCCGCAGAAUAGCGUUCGUUUUGUCACAGAAGAUCCGCCGUUACCCGCCGAGAAAAGAGGGGCAGUUAGCGGGUUACCGACCGUUUCAGAUGGGGGUCAAGCAAAAGCAGGCGACGCAGGUCCGUCUGGCGCUGGUAGGAAUUUUCCGUUGACCUUUGAGGUCCCUGAUUUUUCUCUUAUGCCUCCCAAGCUAGACGCGUGGAUGAGCCGUCGCUCAAAAGAUAGAGGCGUACUGAAGAUCGUUAAUGCAAAAGAAGAAGCACUGGUCAGGACCCAGUUAAAAAUUAUGGACAUCGGUCCUCCAUUGAUUGACCUUUACUCUAAGCUGUCUGCGGUUGAGGAGGCCGAGACGUCCGGUUUGCGUCGCUCGGUGCAGGCGGCGCUAAAACAGUGGGGUCGGGCAUUUGUUCACGUUUCAAAAAAGCGUCGUGAGUCGAUCGUGAAUAUAACAGACCCAAGAAUCGAAUAUCUCCUGAGGGACGACAGCUGCUUUGCAGCCGGGAAGGAGGCCCGCGAGCUCCUGUUCACCGGCCGUUUUCUGGAGCGGAUGUUGACGGAAGCAAGUCAGGAUGAAACUCUGGCUAGGCGCGACAAAGCGGCAGCAGCCGCAGAUCGCAGAAACCCAGUUCGGUCGACGCGGCGUGACCAACAUUUACCACCACCGGCACGCCAGGCAUUUUAUGGCGAGCGCCAACAAAGUGUUCGUGGCAGUAGACCGAGAGGACGGAGGGGUUUUGGAGAUUCCAGAGGCGGUCGCGGACGCGGGAAUCCCAACCCAAGAAGACGGGGAGCGUGCAAUAAUCAAGAAUAGAAAAGUUCGCCAAUCCCACUACUGUACUGAAAGUUUAUACCCGUGUUUGGAGCCUUUUUCCGGAACGCCCGGUUUUUUUGCCAGAACAGCAUCUUCCACACUUUCUCAGUUGCUGCAGGGGCCAAGGAGUAACCAAUAUGUUGAAAUCCAACAUGCGCCUCUUCCUUAUUUCCCAUUUAACUUAUGAUUUAAUUGAGCUUCCUCACCGCUUAUUUGCAACCAUGUGUAAAUCGCCUUUGUUUGUUGUUUGUUAUCAAUGUGUUGGACGCUAAAAAGUCUGACAAAAAAGGGGCGUUGCGCGGAUGAGGAAAAGGUCUUUAAAGAAGCUAG